UCCGCUUGACCCGGAAGUGGCGUUCCGAGGCCUAACCCGGUGCGCGGCGGCGGCGGCGCGGCCUCCAGCCCGGCCUAGCCAUGGCGGAUGUCACCGCCCGGAGCCUGCAGUACGAAUACAAGGCGAAUUCCAACCUCGUCCUCCAAGCCGAUCGCUCGCUGAUCGACCGGACGCGGCGGGAUGAACCCACUGGAGAAGUCCUGUCCCUGGUGGGCAAACUGGACGGGACCCGCAUGGGGGACAAGGCCCAGAGAACCAAACCCCAGAUGCAGGAGGAGAGACGAGCCAAGCGAAGGAAGCGUGACGAGGACAGGCACGACAUCAACAAGAUGAAGGGUUACACCCUGCUCUCCGAGGGCAUCGACGAGAUGGUGGGCAUCAUCUACAAACCCAAAACCAAGGAGACCCGCGAGACCUACGAGGUGCUGCUGAGCUUCAUCCAGGCGGCUCUCGGGGACCAGCCCCGUGACAUCCUCUGUGGAGCUGCUGACGAGGUGUUGGCCGUCCUGAAGAACGAGAAGCUGCGGGAUAAGGAGAGGCGGAAGGAGAUCGAUCUGCUGCUGGGCCAGACGGACGAUACCCGCUACCACGUGCUGGUCAACCUGGGCAAGAAGAUCACAGAUUACGGAGGAGACAAGGAAAUCCAGAACAUGGAUGACAACAUCGAUGAGACCUACGGGGUGAACGUGCAGUUCGAGUCCGAUGAGGAGGAAGGUGACGAGGACAUUUACGGCGAAGUGCGCGAUGAGGCGUCCGAUGACGACAUGGAGGGAGACGAAGCCGUUGUCCGCUGCACCCUCUCGGCCAACCUUGUGGCUUCUGGGGAGCUGAUGAGUUCCAAGAAGAAGGACCUGCAUCCUCGAGACAUUGAUGCCUUUUGGCUGCAGCGGCAGCUGAGCCGCUUCUACGACGACGCCAUCGUGUCCCAGAAGAAGGCGGACGAAGUGCUGGAGAUCCUGAAGACGGCAAGCGAUGACCGGGAAUGUGAGAACCAGCUCGUUCUGCUCCUGGGCUUUAACACCUUCGACUUCAUUAAAGUCCUGCGGCAGCACCGGAUGAUGAUCCUUUACUGCACUUUGCUGGCCAGUGCCCAAAGCGAAGCUGAAAAAGAAAGGAUCAUGGGGAAGAUGGAAGCGGAUCCCGAGCUCUCCAAGUUCUUGUAUCAGCUGCACGAGACGGAGAAGGAGGAUCUCAUCCGGGAGGAACGCUCUCGCCGGGAGCGCGUCCGUCAGUCCCGGAUGGACACUGAUUUGGAGACCAUGGAUCUGGACCAAGGAGGAGAGGCACUGGCUCCUCGGCAGGUGCUGGACCUGGAGGAUCUGGUCUUUGCCCAAGGUAGUCACUUCAUGGCCAACAAGCGGUGCCAGCUCCCCGAUGGCUCCUUCCGCAGGCAGCGCAAGGGCUACGAGGAGGUGCACGUGCCAGCCCUGAAACCCAAGCCUUUUGGUGCUGAAGAGAUGGAGAUUGAUGACAAGUGGUGUCCCUCAGGGACACCUGCACUGCUCAGUGUCAUCAUCAAUGACACAGACAGUGGGAUUAAGGGCACCCUCAGCACGUCUGCAGGUGAUACUAAGCUGAGUAGUGUGGGUGACACGCCUGAGGGACGGGAUGCCAUCCAGAGGGACUUGGACAGGGUGGAGAAGUGGGUCUAUGUGAACCUCAUGAGGUUCAACAAGGCCAAGUGUGAGGUGCUGGUGUUCGUUCACUCCAGGAAGGAGACUGGGAAGACAGCCCGGGCCAUCAGGGACAUGUGCCUGGAGAAAGACACCCUGGGGCUCUUCUUGAGGGAGGGCUCAGCCUCCACCGAGGUGCUGAGGACCGAAGCCGAGCAGUGCAAGAACCUGGAGCUGAAGGAUCUCCUUCCCUACGGCUUCGCCAUCCACCACGCCGGGAUGACGCGCGUGGACCGGACGCUGGUGGAGGAUCUGUUUGCUGACAAGCACAUCCAGGUGCUGGUCUCCACAGCCACGCUGGCCUGGGGCGUGAACCUCCCCGCUCACACCGUCAUCAUCAAGGGGACACAGGUCUACAGCCCCGAGAAGGGCCGUUGGACCGAGCUGGGGGCUCUGGACAUCCUGCAGAUGCUGGGCCGUGCAGGGAGGCCGCAGUACGAUACCAAAGGAGAGGGGAUCCUCAUCACGUCCCACGGCGAGCUCCAGUAUUACCUCUCCCUGCUCAACCAGCAGCUCCCCAUCGAGAGCCAGAUGGUGUCGAAGCUCCCAGACAUGCUCAACGCCGAGACCGUGCUCGGCAACGUCCAGAACGCAAAGGACGCGGUGAACUGGUUGGGUUACACCUACCUCUACAUCCGAAUGCUGCGCUCCCCAACCCUCUACGGCAUCUCCCACGACGAUCUGAAGGGGGAUCCCCUGCUGGACCAGCGCCGCCUGGACCUGGUCCACACGGCGGCCCUCAUGUUGGACAAGAACAACCUGGUCAAGUACGACAAGAAGACGGGCAACUUCCAGGUGACGGAGCUGGGUCGCAUCGCCAGCCACUACUACAUCACCAACGAGACCAUGCAGACUUACAACCAGCUCCUCAAACCCACCCUGAGUGAAAUCGAGCUGUUUCGGGUCUUCUCCCUCUCCUCGGAGUUCCGGAAUAUCACCGUGAGGGAGGAGGAGAAGCUUGAGCUUCAGAAGUUGCUGGAGAGAGUUCCCAUCCCCGUGAAGGAGAGCAUAGAGGAGCCCAGCGCCAAGAUCAACGUCCUCCUCCAGGCUUUCAUCUCCCAGCUGAAGCUGGAAGGGUUUGCUCUCAUGGCAGACAUGGUCUACGUUACCCAGUCUGCCGGGAGGCUCAUGCGGGCCAUCUUUGAGAUUGUCCUCAACCGUGGCUGGGCCCAACUCACCGACAAGACCCUCAACCUCUGCAAGAUGAUCGACAAACGGAUGUGGCAGUCCAUGUGCCCCUUGCGCCAGUUCAAGAAGCUGCCUGAGGAAGUGGUGAAGAAAAUUGAGAAGAAGAAUUUCCCCUUUGAGCGACUCUACGACUUGAACCACAACGAGAUAGGAGAACUGAUCCGAAUGCCCAAAAUGGGCAAAACCAUCCACAAAUACGUUCAUCUGUUUCCAAAGCUGGAGCUCUCGGUCCAUUUGCAGCCCAUCACUCGUUCCACCCUCAAAGUAGAGCUCACCAUUGCCCCUGACUUCCAGUGGGACGAGAAGGUCCAUGGAUCAUCUGAAGCUUUCUGGAUCCUGGUGGAGGACGUGGACAGCGAGGUCAUCCUGCACCACGAGUAUUUCCUGCUGAAGGCCAAGUAUGCCCAGGACGAGCACCUCGUCACCUUCUUCGUGCCCGUCUUCGAGCCGCUGCCCCCCCAGUACUUCAUCCGGGUGGUCUCCGACCGCUGGCUCUCCUGUGAGACCCAGCUCCCCGUUUCCUUCCGCCACCUCAUCCUCCCGGAGAAAUACCCUCCUCCCACCGAGCUGCUGGACCUGCAGCCCCUGCCCGUCUCUGCUCUGCGGAACAGCGCCUUCGAGAGCCUCUACCAGGACAAAUUCCCUUUCUUCAACCCAAUCCAGACCCAGGUCUUUAACACGGUUUAUAACAGCGACGACAACGUCUUCGUGGGGGCCCCCACGGGCAGCGGGAAGACCAUCUGCGCCGAGUUUGCCAUCCUGAGGAUGUUGCUGCAGAACUCGGAGGGUCGCUGCGUCUACAUCACCCCCAUGGAGGCCCUGGCAGAGCAGGUUUUCAUGGACUGGUACGAGAAAUUCCAGGAACGUCUCAAUAAGAAGGUGGUUUUGCUGACGGGGGAGACCAGCACCGACCUGAAGCUGUUGGGCAAAGGGAACAUCAUCAUCAGCACCCCUGAGAAAUGGGACAUCCUCUCACGACGUUGGAAACAACGCAAGAACGUCCAGAACGUCAACCUCUUCAUCGUGGACGAAGUGCAUCUCAUCGGGGGCGAAAACGGGCCCGUGCUGGAGGUCAUCUGCUCCCGCAUGCGCUACAUCUCCUCCCAAAUCGAGCGUCCCAUCCGCAUCGUGGCCCUCAGCUCCUCCCUCUCCAACGCCAAGGACGUUGCUCACUGGCUGGGCUGUAGUGCCACCUCCACCUUCAACUUCCACCCCAACGUCCGCCCCGUGCCCUUGGAGCUCCACAUUCAGGGCUUCAACAUCAGCCACACGCAGACCCGCCUGCUCUCCAUGGCCAAGCCCGUCUACCACGCCAUCAUGAAGCAUUCCCCCAAGAAGCCCGUCAUCGUUUUCGUCCCGUCCCGCAAGCAGACGCGGCUCACGGCCAUCAACAUCCUCACCACCUGCGCCUCGGACGUCCAGAGACAAAGGUUCCUGCACUGCGCCGAGAAGGACCUGGUUCCCUACCUGGACAAGCUCAACGACAACACUCUGAAGGAAACUCUGGUGAACGGGGUGGGCUACCUGCACGAGGGGCUGACAGCCAUGGAGCGGCGUGUGGUGGAGCAGCUUUUCAGCUCAGGUGCGGUUCAGGUGAUGGUGGCCUCCCGUAGCCUCUGCUGGGGCAUGAACAUCGCUGCUCACCUGGUGAUCAUCAUGGACACGCAGUACUACAACGGCAAGAUCCACGCGUACGUGGAUUACCCCAUCUAUGAUGUCCUGCAGAUGGUGGGCCACGCCAACCGCCCGCUGCAGGACGACGAGGGCCGUUGUGUCAUCAUGUGCCAGGGAUCCAAGAAGGAUUUCUUCAAGAAGUUCCUGUACGAGCCCCUGCCGGUGGAGUCGCACUUGGACCACUGCAUGCACGAUCACUUCAACGCCGAGAUCGUCACCAAAACCAUCGAGAACAAGCAGGACGCGGUGGAUUAUCUCACCUGGACCUUCCUCUACCGCAGGAUGACCCAGAAUCCCAACUACUACAACCUUCAAGGUGUGUCCCACCGGCAUCUCUCGGAUCACCUCUCGGAGCUGGUGGAGCAAACCCUGAGCGACCUGGAACAAUCCAAGUGCAUCAGCAUCGAGGACGAGAUGGACGUGGCUCCUCUCAACCUGGGGAUGAUCGCUGCCUACUACUACAUCAACUACACCACCAUCGAGCUCUUCAGCAUGUCCCUCAACGCCAAGACCAAGGUGCGAGGCCUGAUUGAAAUCAUCUCCAACGCUGCCGAGUACGAGAACAUCCCCAUCAGGCACCACGAGGACAACUUGCUGCGGCAGCUGGCCCAAAAAGUCCCCCACAAGUUGACCAACCCCAAAUUCAACGAUCCCCACGUCAAGACCAACCUCCUGCUGCAGGCUCACUUGUCCCGCAUGCAGCUGAGCGCCGAGCUGCAGUCCGACACCGAGGAGAUCCUCAGCAAGGCCAUCAGGCUCAUCCAGGCUUGCGUGGACGUCUUGUCCAGCAACGGGUGGCUCAGCCCGGCGUUGGCCGCCAUGGAGCUGGCUCAGAUGGUGACCCAGGCCAUGUGGUCCAAGGAUUCCUACCUCAAGCAGCUCCCUCACUUCACCUCCGAGCACAUCAAGCGCUGCACGGACAAGGGGGUGGAGAGCGUUUUUGACAUCAUGGAGAUGGAGGAUGAGGAGAGGAACGCCCUGCUGCAGCUCUCGGACGCUCAAAUCGCCGACGUGGCUCGAUUCUGUAACCGUUACCCCAACAUCGAGCUCUCCUACGAGGUGGUGGAGAAGGAGAGCAUCCGCAGCGGUGGGCCCGUGGUGGUGCUGGUGCAGCUGGAGCGUGAAGAGGAGGUCACCGGACCUGUCAUCGCUCCCCUUUUCCCCCAGAAACGCGAGGAGGGUUGGUGGGUGGUGAUCGGCGACUCCAAAUCCAACAGCCUCAUCUCCAUCAAGCGCUUGACGCUGCAGCAGAAAGCCAAGGUGAAGCUGGAUUUCGUAGCCCCGGCCACGGGGACGCACAAUUACACCCUCUACUUCAUGAGCGACGCCUACAUGGGCUGCGACCAGGAGUACAAAUUCAGCGUCGACGUCAAGGAGGCGGAAAGUGACAGCGAUUCCGACUGAGGGGAGAAACCCAACACACCCCCCCCC